UCCGGCACCCUACUGAGCCACUGCGGGGCAGGUGGCGGGAAGGCAGGCGUGCUUGGCGGAAGCGGACGCGGAACAGGCUGGGUGUGUAGAGGCACCGCUCCAGCUCGCGCCACUGCCACCUCAGUUGAGGACCCACGAGGCCGCUGCGUCCUGCCUUGAGAACAAUGGGACUCGGCACCCGAGGUAGCUGGGCCCUGUUCUUCGUGGGGGCGCUGCUCGUGCUCGCGCUGCUGAAAGUCGCCGUGGAAGGCGAGGACUCGGCGGGGAAUGUCCCACCUGUGCCUGCCAACAAUAGGAAUGAAUCUUCCAGCACGACCGUGAAACCAUCUACAACUUCAGUUUCGUCAGUGACAGUCAAUACCUCGAAAUCCACAGUGAAAUCCUCAACAGCCUCAGUUACUUCAGUCACAAAAAAUGUGACAGUCACCACCUUGAAAUCCACAACAACUUCCCAAGUGACAACACCUCCAGGGGUCUCAAUAAAUACAACAUCUACCACCUUAAAGUCUACACCCAAGAUAACAAGCAUUUCACAAAACACAUCACAGGUGUCCACAUCCACGAUGACCACAAACCACAACAGCUCGGUGACAUCGGUUUCUUCAUCAGUAACAAUAACAGCAACAAUAAAUUCUAAAGAAAACAAAGGAUCAAAAUUUGAUAUUGGCAGCUUUGUCGGUGGUAUUGUAUUAACACUGGGAAUUUUAUCUGUUCUUUACAUUGGAUGCAAAAUGUAUUAUUCAAGAAGAGGCAUUCAGUAUAGAACCAUUGAUGAACAUGAUGCCAUCAUUUAAGGAAAUAUGAGGACCAUUGGAAAGAAGAUCGGUGCAUCCCUGUCGAUUAGUUUAAGACCAUACUCUCUUUUUGAAAACAGUAUAAACAGGCCAUGCAUAUAAUGUACAAUACAUCAUAUAAAUAUGAUUAUAUCUUAUGAUCACUUCUCAUGAUUACUAAAGGUAAAAAGGGUUUUUUGGGUUUCAUUUGGAACAUACAGUUAAUGCAGUGGUUAUAUUCACUUUUAGGAAAUAGAUGUUAAGACAAGUCCUGUCCCGGUUUCUUUGUGGCAUUGGUCACAUAGGGGCCAGUGAUUGGGGGACAUCGUCUCAGAAGGGCACAGUGCCAUCUGGACAAACAAAUAAGGUGCUCGUCACAGCACUCAGGAUGUGGGUUGUCUUUCCUGCUCACGCAGAGAACUUAGUGCUACACAGAGCUGGAUGGAUAUAUGCUGCUUUACUGAUGUCACAUGGCAGGCGUUUUAUGAGUAAACCAGAUCUUAAGCAUAAUUUUAGUUUAAGUGUCUCUUCAAAAAGCAUGAAUAUUUUGUUUUAGUACUAGGUUUAGAAACAAAAUGCAUUCCCUCCUCACAAAACAAACAAACAAAAAAUCAAAUAAAAGUAGAAACAAUACUGGAGUUUAGCCCUGUGAGAGCCUGUAUUUUUAUUAAUAACUUCUUUCAAGCUUUAGUGGCAGUUGAUAUAAUUAUCUUUUUUUCCCUCUGUAAUUUCAGUAAAUUGCAAUGUUUAACAGGAUAGUGUUUUAAAGACUUAGUUGUUAGUAUUAAGAAGUUAGAUUAUAUGCUACUGUGAGAAUAUCGUCACCACUGGAAAUUGCUUUAUUUCAUAUUCAGCUAUUAUUUAGUGAAUAUUUUUAAGAGAUGUAGAGCUGCUUUCAAUAUAUAGAAAUGUUUAAUGCAGCGUAAACACACCUAACUUUUUUUAAAAAGCCCCUUUUUGACUUCCCAUACAACAUUCAGGACUCUGUACAGUCAGAACUGUAGAUUAAUGCUCUGUUCCUCAAGCCAAGGAUUGUAGCACUCCCCUCACGCUACUAAACCUACAAGGUGGAAAUACUGCAUUUUUCUGCACU